GAUCAUUAUUUAUUGUGUGCGUCAGUGCCGUGCGUGUCUUCUCUCUCUCUUGCUCGUCAUGUAUUCAUCGCACUUUACCGAAACCCUAGAAAUUCAUCUUCGAAGAUCUCUGAACUGUUGCUAAUUAACGGAUACCUAAUAUCUGCUCGCCAGAAUCUCCAUAUUUUCGAAGUCCAACCAAGUCAUUUUCUUCGUAAAGGUUCCAAUAACCCUAGCUAGAUCUAUUGACAAUUGAGAUUUCAUCUCGAUUACUCCAAACCACAUCGGAUUUUAGAAUUGAUUUGGUUUCAAUAAAUUCUCGGGAAAGUUUUAGUGCCAUAUCAUUCGUAAUCGUUGUGUAUGGUGGGCAUGGGAAGGGUUUACAGAGAAACCUCCAAGCCCUCAUCAUCAUCACCGUCAACGCCUUCGGUCACGACAUCGACUUCGAUCUCCGAAACAGUGACUGGUUCGCAUGAGUUCAGGAUCAAUGGGUACUCGCUUUCAAAAGGGAUUGGGAUUGGGAAGUACAUGGCGUCCGAUGUGUUCGUGGUCGGUGGGUAUGCGUGGGCGAUCUACUUCUAUCCGGACGGGAAAAGUAUAGAGGACAAUGCCACGUAUGUUUCUGUGUUCAUUGCGCUUGCCAGUGAGGGUACGGAUGUUAGGGCGCUUUUCGAAUUGACGCUUGUGGAUCAGAGUGGGAAAGGGAGGCAUAAGGUUCAUACCCAUUUUGGGAGAGCGUUGGAGAGUGGGCCUUACACACUUAAAUACCGAGGAAGCAUGUGGGGUUAUAAGCGGUUUUUCAAAAGAACUGCUUUAGAGACAUCAGACUACCUGAAAGAUGAUUGCCUUGUUGUUAAUUGUAGUGUUGGUGUAGUUAGGUCCCACACAGAGGGCCCUAAGAUAUAUAGUAUACCAGUACCACCAUCCGACAUUGGUCAGCAUUUUGGACAGCUGCUGGAAAGUGGAGAGGGCACUGAUGUAAGUUUUGAAGUUAAUGGGGAAAUAUUUGCUGCUCACAAGUUGGUACUUGCGGCUCGCUCACCUGUGUUCAGGGCUCAACUUUUUGGUCCAAUGAAGGAUCAAAAUACACAAUUUAUAAGCGUAGAGGACAUGGAGGCUCCUGUAUUUAAGGCUUUACUUCAUUUUAUAUAUUGGGAUUCACUGCCUGACAUGGAAGAGCUUACUGGUAUGAACUCCAAGUGGGCAUCUACUUUGAUGUCUCAGCACCUGCUUGCAGCUGCUGAUCGCUAUGGUUUAGAUAGGCUCAGGUUGCUCUGUGAGGGUAAUCUAUGUGAGGAUGUUGCUAUAAACACUGUUGCAACGACAUUGGCCCUAGCUGAGCAGCAUCACUGUUUUCAACUGAAAUCAGUUUGUCUUGAUUUCGUUGCAAAUCCUGAAAAUCUCCGAGCUGUAAUGCAGACGGAUGGUUUUGGAUACUUGAAAGAAAGUUGCCCUUCUGUUUUGACUGAACUCUUGGAGUAUGUGGCUAGGAUGAAUGAGCACUCGGUCAUUACCACCAAGCAUGGGAAUGAAGCAUUUCUGGAUGGCAGUGAUGUUAACGGUAGACGGGUGAAGCAAAGGAUUUAAUAAACAUUGCUUGUCACAUUCGCUUUGCAGUCUUAACAAGAAAAAAAAAGCUGAAAGCUUUUCUAGGUUUAGGAUCUUUUUGGGUCGUUCGCUUUUUCUAAUCCGAUGGGGUUGUAAAUUUAGUGGUUCUCAAUUGGUGUCUGUACUUUUCCUGUAAUUUUUAGUUUGCUUGUUCUUCUCUUUGACUUCGUAGUAGAUGUGUGGUUGAUCAGAUUUGUGGACUUAGAUACAAAUUGUUGACCAACUAACCUUAACAAUGGUACAUGUUGCUGCUGUUUGUUGUCAUAUUGCAUUUGAGGUAAUGAACGAUGGUCUUUCUAUCUGCCUGUGAGUUGU